AAUCCAAAAAAUCAAUCAUUGUGAAAUCAAAUCGAUUCGUUGUUCAGUAAUGAUCAUAUCCAUUGGUUUCUUACUGUUCUUGGCUAUAAGCCCAUGUCAUUCUCAAAGUGGUUCACUUUCCGGUUCAGGUGCAAUUAAGAUGGUCGUGAUGGGGAAGGACACUGAUGUCGCCUGGCAAAAGACAAUUGACGGGAUUGCCUUGUACAUUGCAAAGCAUCAGGUGAAAUCUCCGCAAAUAUUCGUUCAUGAGAACGGAAGUAUUUGCGAAUUCAUCGGAGGUGUCGAUAGAUCAAAGAUGCGAGCCGACUUCAUUCUGGUUAUCAAAAAACAUACCAGCCAAAAAUUGAAGUGUGAUCCUGAGUGGGGACGUCAAAGUUUUGGGGUUUUGAAUAUCGAAAAGUACCCAACUUUGUCCCAAACUGAUGAAGAUUUGGCUUUCACCGCAAAGAUAAUCUUCAACUCAUCAGAGACGGGUUCUGCAAAACCAAAAACUGUAAAAUCCAUGGACCAACUGAUCAAAAUCCUCGAACCAAAGUUUAUGGCUCCGCUGAGUCGGAUUCCGGAUGAAUAUCCAGAAACAGCCGAACGCGAAGAAAAACGGAACCGACGAAUUUUGAAGGCCAUAAUUGCACUUAUGGGACUCGCUUUGUGCUCUUUACUGGUCAUCAUGUUCAUGGGAAGUUUGUCAAGAUACAAUGAGGCAAAGAAGCAAAAAGAGCUGGAACAGGAGAAACAAAAGAAGCAUGAGCAGAAGACCGCUGAAAAAUCGGAGAAAGCUGUAAAACCGGAAGCUUCUGAAAAAUCUGUAAAGUCUGAGAAAUCGGAAAAACCACAGAAAGCCGGUGAGAAGGAACCGCUGAUUGAUUCAUCGAAGAAAUCGGAAAAAUCGGAAAAAUCGGAGAAAGGUAGUGGAAGCAAGAAGGAGUAACUGUCGAUACGUGGAAAUGGAGAGAAAAGCAAACUUGCAACGAAUAAAUGUUUUUUUUUUG